AUGAGGCCUCGUGAUUUUACUGCAGCCUUCCUUGACAAAUUAGUCAAGAUGUCCACGACUUCGAAGCACUUUGGGCUGAAAUAUAAAGAAGAACAUUACAUAUUUAAAGAGCUUGAGAAGGUUCGCCAGGAGACUAAAAAGGAUUCACUCCGAUUCAAGCACAAGUUAGUUUCCAAGCCAGCUAUAGAUGAAGUCCCAGUCUGCGGCCUGCAGGCCCCUGGCCCGGCCUGGUAUAGGGAAAAGGGGGGCGUUUCCAGCAUUGGACCCCAGAAGCCAUCAGAGUCCCUUUGGGCUAAAGGCCCUGCGUCCCCCUAUGCAGCCCUCCUGCGGCAGGCGCCCCAGGGCGCAGCGCGCCCCCGGGGUCCGAACGAGGGGGCCGCCCCUGCAAAGACCCGGCCGUUUCGCCUCCAGGACUUCUACUUGCGGAGCUCCGCGUUCCUCCGGUACCGGCUGCAGAAGAAGCCGCCGGUCAUCGCCUCUGGAGCUGGCACUUCCAGACCUGUGGUCCUGGUGCCGCCACCUGCGCCAAGGGAGAGGCCCGGGGCGCGCUGGGGCCGGAGGAUUCCGCAGCUCACGGGCGCUAAGCGCGUCCUCAACCCAGCCCUGGGGUGCGGUGCGAAGCUGGAGCUGGCCCCGCCCGCUGGGGCCCACAAAGUCAAGGACAGGACGGGCAGCUCCAUUUCCAGCGAGGAGGGCGAUCUGGUGGCGGCCAUCGGGCGGAAGAGAGUGAGGAUUCGAACCCACUUGUUGCGAGAGGGUGAGGCCAGGGAGCCGCGGAAAUCGGCUGGGUCAUUUUCCCAAACAGACCGCGAGAGUGUCCAGCUGAGCUACCUGCGGGAGGCCGCCCCACAGGCUCCGCUGCCCAUGCGAGUGAUCCCGACGUCCAUAGAGGAGAUCAUUGCCUCGCUGCAGUCCGAGGCCCAGCUGGCUUCCGACCAGACUAUAAAAGAGCUCAUCCAGAGCAUCCUCGGCGAGAGCUACGACUUUAAGAUGGAAGAUAUUUCUUUAAUUGGAAAAAUGUACUGGCAGAAAACAUCUGAAGUGCAAACAGAGCAAGGAUUACAGAUAAGUAUUGAGGAACCUCAAAUGAACAUGUCUGAGGAACUCCCUGAAGCUACAAGUAUUUUACAGAUUGAACAAGAGGAUAUGUUGGAAUGGGGAACCUCAGAAGCAGAAAAUAUGGUAUAUAAACUUCAGGAAACUGUGGAAUUUCAUUCAGCAGAUGAACCAAGUAAACCUUGGGAAGAUGAACAGCCCACAUGUGAUUCAAAAGUGGCCAAACAGGUGUCUUUAAAGGUGAAAUCAUCAGAAUCGUUGCAGAUCAGAGGAAAAGAAGUUGAGCGAACACAAAAGAGUAAAUUAGGAAUUCCACAAAAAAGAAAGCCUACAAAACAUCUGCGGGAUCAAAAACUACCUAAAAAAAAAAUCCCACAGGACUAUGCCACCCCUACCCUUCAUGACCUGUGCAUCACUGUCCCAGCCCAGGAGCUGCCCAUCGACUUGUGCCUGGCUUCUCGGGUGUAUCACACGGCUGAUAAGAAGGGCCACAGCGCUCUGCUUGAACUAUUGGGAGACUCGUUCUUAGACGAUCACUCUACAGAAGAAGAGCAAAGACAUAGAGUGCUGCAAGGAAUUCCUGUUACGGGUGACACUCAAGCAAAUGUUCCCAUCCUUCCAACAACACCAGGGACACCACCUGAAUUGGCACAAGGAACUAGACAACGUGCUCACAAAUCAUACCUACAACUCUUGGGAGAGGAAGUGUCUGCUUAUCCAGGACUUACGAAGUUGUUUUGGAAUGUAACUUCACCCAAAUUCUCUGUUCCAGUAUCUGUCAUGAAGGAAACCCUGUAUCCAAAAUAUGAGAGUGUUCAAGCAAGCAGAAUUGUAACUGAAAAAUUUUCAUCUGAAAGCAAGGAAAGUGAUAUGACUUUAAAUCAGCAUAGCAAAAGAAGUCUUAGGUCUCUUAUCUUGAGAAAAUCUUUAUCAUUUGACAAUAUCUCAAAAUGUUUCAACAUACAAUCUCCACAACUAAAGAGAGUAAAAUCUGCAGUUGAGUUGAGGAAGGAGGGGACCAUUGCUCCAUUAGAGAUUAAGGAUGACAUGCAAAACCAUUUAAAAGAGGUGAUGUUUCAGAAAGCAAAGGAAUUGAAGCAUCAUCAGAUGAUUGAACUAAACGAAAUUGAGGAAUCCAACUCUGUGAAAAAAAAUAUAGAUGCCAUCUUAGAUACCAUGCAAGACAAUUACAGUAUGAGAAAUCUGUCUCUCUCUCUCAUUGAAGCAUCUAGAAAAGCUGGCAUUAGUUACAUUGUUUAUCCCAGGAAAAAGAAGAUGAAAUGGAAGAAAGGACUGAAAUUCAGUAAACUUUCAAACAUGUUGGACGAUUUAUCCAAGCCUCCAAAGAUUCUUAAAAGAUCAAUGUCUCACGGGAUCCUUCCUGGACAGAGGAAAUAUCUGCUCAAAGUUCCAUUAUAUGAACGUCAAUUUCGAUGUCCCAGCCUACCCUCCUGUUUAAAUUUUGACAAAUUUACCCGAAGUAAGGGAGGAAUUCCAGAAAAUAGAGACCCUCGAACAUGGGUUAUUGAUAUGUUCUCUAAGCAUAAACCUCAGAAGACAACCUCAAGGGAGAAAAUUGUUAAAAUGUUUGUUCCUGAAGACUUGCCUAAAGAAGCGAAAGAACCACCAAAACUCGAGUUGAGUGAUUCUUUGGAGUCUGGUCUUCCUCCAGAGGUCAUUAAACAUUAUGAAUCUGAAGUGGAGAUCUUGACUGAAGAAAUAAAUAAUAAAAAAAUAUAUGCUGCAUUUUCAUAUUGUAGGCGUGGAGCUAUUUAUAGGAAACUGGGAAAGUUACAGAGUGCCAUGAAUGAUCUACAAGAAGCUAUACUCUUGGAACCAUUGUUUCUCAAUGCCUAUUGGCACCGACAUCUCAUUUAUCUUUUCCAAGACAAAAUUGAUGAAGCUUUGGAUGACUUGAAUUAUAUAAAUAAAUGUAAUAAAAACAAUGCAGAAGCAUAUUUUUCAAAGGCUGAAAUUUUCAGGGGAAAAAAAGACAUUACUCUGGCAAUUCUUAACUAUACCCAGGCAAUUAAGUGCAAGCCCAUGGAUGCUGAUAUGUAUUUCAGGAGGGGUGAGAUGUAUGAAAUAACCAACAAAGUACUGGCCAUUGAUGACUUUUCUAAAUGUAUUUUUUAUGAUCCCAAAAGAAUAGAUGCCUUAUUGAAACGUGGAAUGUUUUACUAUGAAAAUGGAAACUGGAAUGCAGCCAUACAGGAUUUUACAGCUUUGUUACAUGUAGAUCCCCAAAAUUCUGAAGCAAGAACAUACCGAGGGAGAGCCUAUUUUAAACGGUGCUUUGAUAAGCAAGCAACUGAAGAUUUUUCUGUUGCAAUUCACUUAGAUCCUAAUAACUGGGUAGCACUGUAUUACAGAGCCUGCAUAUUUAGAAAGAGUAACCCUCUUAGAGCGCUGCAGGAUUAUAGUGUUUCAGCUCUCAUAAAUGAUGGCUAUGAAAAUUUUAGUUGUUUUCUACAUCGGGGCAUACUCUAUGCAGAUCUAAAACUUUGGUCGCUGGCAAUCUGUGACUUUGAAACUGUUAUUUCUCUAGAAAGAACUGUUACUUUGGCUUAUAUAAAUAUUGGCCUCAUAUAUCUGCUACACUUGGAUGACUACUUUGAAGCCUCUUGGUAUUUUUCUGAGGCUAUUAGACUUGAUCCUUCAUGUAUUCAAAGUUAUAUUUGUCAAGCAGAAGCUUAUUAUAAGUUGCAUAAUUUGAAAAGGGCGGUAAGAGAGUUAUCUCGUGCUAUCCACCUUCAGCCAGAUGGAAUCAAAUUAUAUAUAAUAAGAGGACAAUAUCUUCUUAUGAUGAAAUGUUAUGAUCUUGCAAAGUUCACUAUUUAUCAAGUAGCAGAAAUGAACAAAGGUCUCAUUGAGUUGAGUCCUAUACAGCAAGCAUUCAUUUAUUCAUUUUGUGAAAACCAUGACAAGGCCAUUCAGGUCUUGGAUGGGAUCAUCUUGAAUAAGCCUGAGAUCACCACGUAUACUCUAUUAGGAAAAGCCCAGAUGAAGGCCAAGAGAAACAAGGAAGCUGUGAUAAUGUUUAAGAAGGCUUUGGAAGUCUUUUCUCAUUCCCAAAAAGGACCACAUGCCAUAGAAGCUUCAGUAGACUGUCUGUAUAACUUGGGUCUUUGUUACAUGGAGGAAGGCAACUUACAAAUGGCUUUUGAUUCUUUUACAAAAGCUGUGAAAGCAAAUCCUAAUUUUGCAGCAGGCUUUUAUCAACGUGGGCUUUGUAAAGUAAAACUCCAAAAGGAGAGCUCGAUCCUGGAUUUUAACCGUGCAAUUACCCUUGAUCCACAAUAUUAUGAGGCAUAUUUGAGCCGAGUAGCCUUUUAUGGUAUGAAAGGCAGAUACUCCAAAGCAAUCUUGAAUUGUAAUGAGGCCAUCAAAAUUUAUCCUCAGAGUGUGCGAGCUUAUCUGUACAGAGGCGUUCUGAAAUAUUCCAACAAGGCAUUAACAGAUUAUGGAAUUGUGCUUCUUCUUGAUGCUGGAGAAACUGUGACAUUGAAUACCUUCAUUAAUCGUGGACUCAUCUAUAAAGAACUAGAGCAGUACAGCUUUGCUUUAGAGGCUUAUAAGCUAGCAAUUGCAGAUUUAACAACAGCUAUCAACAUGCACAAAAACAAUUAUAUAGCAUUUUAUAACAGAGCAUUAUGUUACACCAAGAUCGGUGAACUUCGAAUGACCCAAGGAAAAUUCCAGAAAGCUUGGAACCACUUUACCAUUGCCAUAGAUGUUGAUCCAAAGAGCUACCUAGCCUAUGAAGGAAGAGCUAUGGUCUGUCUUCAGAUGGGUGACAAUUUUGCUGCAAUUCAGGAUAUUAAUAAUGCCAUAAAGGCCAGUGACUACUUCUCAAAGGCUUUGAAAUUUAAUCCAGAAAAUGAAUGUGCUACCAUGAAUCGAGCUAUUGCAAAUACAAUAUUAAAGAAGUAUGAAGAAGCAAGAGAAGACUUUGCAAAUGUAGUUGAAAGCUGUCCCUUUUGGGCUGUAGUAUAUUUUAACAGGGCACAGUACUACUGUUGUUUAAAACAAUAUGAACUAGCUGAGGAAGACCUAAGUAAAGCUCUGUCUUUGACGCCCAAUGAUGCUCUAAUAUAUAAUCUUAGAGCAGAAGUUCGUGGUAAAAUGGGUGUGAUUGAGGAAGCCCUAGCUGACUAUAACCAAGCACUUGAUCUUCAAGAAUAUGCCCAAUGAUCUGAUUACAGAGACUGUAGUUUCUGUAGCAGU